GUAGGGAAAGGUUAGUAUUCACUUGUGAAUUGGAUUAUCUUUACCAAAUUUGUAUUAUUUAUAACAUCAUAAACAAUCAAGAUUCACAUAGAAUGAAGACACUAUACACACUUUUGGUUCCAGUUAUUGUCAGUGUCGCUGUAGCCAUUGAUAAUCCUCAGAAUGGAGACAUCCGAUUGUCUGGUGGAUCGUCUCUGAAAGGCCGUCUGGAGGUGUACAACAGCACCACUGAUGUGUGGGGUACAGUGUGUUAUACUAAUGAUAUAGCGCAGCAGAACUGGGAGAAGGGAGCAGCCAGGGCAGCUUGUCGUCAACUAGGCUAUCAGGAUGUCAUUAGCGUUGGAUCAGUCACUCAACUAAUUGUUCCACCUGCCCCUGAGACCACACCUAUUCUUCUGUACGAAAUGAGCUGUGUGUACAACACGGAUGCCUCGGACCUCAACAACGAGAUGGAGCAUAUUCUGAGAUGUGAUUUCUCUGAGGAGGGGAGUUGCAACCACACCCAGGACAUGGCCAUCGAGUGCAGUAAUACGUCCAAGUAUGCCAGCCCCUACAGUGCAGAGGUUCGGCUGGUGGGUGGGGACUAUCGCUCACACGGAGUAGUGGAAGUGUACGUCAAUGAUAUCUGGGGUACAGUGUGUGCUGAGAAUAUGACUGUCAACAAUGCUGACUCAGCAUGUCGUCAGAUGGGCUACACAGGAGCUAACUCAUUCUCCCAGGCCAACCCACUCAAGGACACUCAGCCUGCAGUCAAGACGUUGACCUGUUCAACUGUUCCGCAACCAUGUUUCAGUUUCUGCUAUUCGUAUCCCCUAGCAACAGACACGGUCACCUGCGACUCUAACAAGAUAGCGGCCAUCACAUGCACAUUUGAUUGGCAGGCUUGGCAUGAUAUAAAAUUUACUUCUGGCAACGAGGUCACCUGUGAAGUUACUUCGCCGAGUUACUGGAUACGAUUGGCUGAGAUAAUUGGAGGGGCUGUGGGGGGUCUUACGUUAGUCUUCAUCCUCCUGAUCACGACUCUGUGUUGCUGUUGUUUCAUCAAUGGCUGCCCCCUGCACUCUUGGAGAGAGAGGAGAUUGUUUGGCUACGAUAGAAUCAACUAAACUUGAACUCUGAGUACAGGGUUCCCCGAUCAGUGCAAUCAGUUGGUCCUUUACCGUGAGAACCUGUCAUCCUUCCAGAGCCUUCGUUGGGACCAAUACUGGAAGCUCCAUGUCCUCCCACUUAUUGCACCCCAGUCAGUCUCGACCUCCGAACCUUCUAGCGAUAUCUCCCCUGAAUUCACAAUUCAAAACAAACUGUUGUAUAUACAUGUACAGUGGAUUAGGAUUUAAUAGUGUUUUGAUGGCUUUGUCAAGUGCUAAUUAUAAAUAUACACAUGUACUAUCUUUA